CUCCUUUUGCAGGCGGACACUCGGUCGUUCGUAGUGGAUCGGGAUCACGACAGGUUCCUCCUGGACGGGGUCCCGUUCCGCUACGUGUCUGGCAGCCUGCACUACUUUCGGGUACCGCGGGUGCUUUGGGCGGACCGGCUUUACAAGAUGCGAUUGAGUGGCCUCAACGCCAUACAGUUUUACGUGCCCUGGAACUACCAUGAGCCAGAGCCUGGGGUCUAUAACUUUAAUGGCAGCCGAGACCUCAUUGCCUUUCUGAAUGAGGCAGCUAAGGCCAACAUGUUUGUCAUACUGAGACCUGGACCCUACAUCUGUGCAGAGUGGGACAUGGGAGGUCUCCCAGCCUGGCUGCUUCGAAAACCUAAAAUUCAUCUCAGAACCUCAGAUCCAGACUUCCUUGCUGCUGUCGACGCCUGGUUCCAGGUCUUGCUGCCCAAAAUACAUCCCUGGCUCUACCACAACGGGGGCAACAUCAUCAGCAUUCAGGUGGAGAAUGAGUAUGGCAGCUACAAGGCCUGCGACGUCAUCUACCUGAGGCACCUGGCUGGGCUGUUCCGUGCACUGCUGGGAGACCAGAUCUUGCUCUUCACCACAGAUGGCCCUGAAGGACUCAAAUGUGGCUCCCUCAAGGGGCUCUACACCACCGUAGAUUUUGGCCCAGCUGACAACAUGACCAAAAUCUUUGCCCUGCUUCGGAAGUAUGAACCCCAUGGGCCACUGGUGAACUCCGAGUACUACACAGGGUGGCUGGAUUACUGGGGCCAGAAUCACUCCACACGGGGGAUUCCAGCUGUAACCAGAGGAUUAGAGAAGAUGCUCAAGCUAGGAGCCAGUGUGAACAUGUACAUGUUCCAUGGAGGUACCAACUUCGGAUAUUGGAAUGGUGCUGAUGAGAAAGGACGCUUCCUUCCCAUUACUACCAGCUAUGACUAUGAUGCACCUAUAUCUGAAGCAGGGGACCCCACACCUAAGUUUUUUGCUCUUCGAAAUAGCAUCAGCAAGUUCCAGGAAAUUCCCUUGGGACCUUUACCUCCCCCCAGCCCCAAGAUGAUGCUUGGACCUUUGACUCUGAACCUGGAUGGGGAUUUGCUGGCUUUCUUAGACUUUCUGUGCCCUCACGGGCCCAUCCGUUCAAUCUUGCCAAUGACCUUUGAGGCUGUCAAGCAGGAUCACGGCUUUAUGCUGUACCGGACGUAUCUGACCCAAACCAUUUUUGAGCCAACACUCUUCUGGGUGCCAAAUAAUGGAGUCCAUGACCGUGCCUAUGUGAUGGUGGAUGGGGUGUUCCAGGGUGUUUUAGAGCGAAAUAUGAAACAUAAAUUGUUUCUGACGGGGAAGCUGGGGGCCAAACUGGAUAUGCUGCUGGAGAACAUGGGGAGGCUCAGUUUUGGGUCCAACAGCAGUGACUUCAAGGGCCUGCUGGAGCCACCAAUUCUGGGGCAAACUAUCCUUACCCAGUGGCUGAUGUUCCCUCUGCAAAUUGAUAAACUUGUCAAGUGGUGGUUUCCCCUCCAGUUGCUGCAAAGGGCAAAAUCUCAGUCCCCCUCUGGCCCCACCUUCUACUCCACAACAUUUCCAAUCUUGGGCUCAGUCGGGGACACAUUUCUCUAUCUUCCUGGAUGGACCAAGGGCCAAGUCUGGAUCAAUGGGUUUAACCUUGGCCGGUACUGGACAAAGCGGGGGCCACAACAGACCCUCUACGUGCCACGACCCCUGCUGUUUCCUAGGGGAGCCCUCAACAAAAUCACAUUGCUGGAGCUAGAAAAAGUGCCUCCCCAGCCCCAAAUCCAUUUUUUGGAUAAACCUAUCCUCAAUAGCACCUUGGGUGGGACAUACCUUUCCUCCCUCUCAGCUGAUACAGAAGGUGCCUAUGAACCCAUGAAGUUAAGUGGGCACUGAAAGGUUACCUUGGACCUGGGACAGACAGUGGACAGGAUCCCUUGGUGCUAGCCUCAGUGACCACAAAGGACUGAAGGCCAGAAUGCCUCUGAGUGUAAGUACAAGUGCAGUUGCCUUGCCAGACUUUAUUGUGAUUAAAGUUCCAGAGACGGUACCAGCUCCACCCA